UCUCUUUCAGCGCGGCGACUCGAUAGCUCAACUCGCUUUUCUGCCUAGCCAAGAAAAAUCUGUUGUCCAUUCAAGUCUUCAAAUCAAAGUUGCCUUCAACAUAACUCGAAAGUUUUCGCAUCGAGUUUUGGAUUGAUCGUUUAAAUCGAGUCCUCAGUUGCUACAAAGUGUUUCAGUAUUUGUGUGAUUAUUGAUCGGAGAAACCCUUCCACUUAACCGCCCCACCAUGAAGAGAUCCCGGCAGCUGAUUGCGUUGGGAUUACUCGUCACGCUGCAAUGUUGCGUCCUCAGCGUUCGUUCGGACGACAACGGAAAGUGCGCCUUGCUCAUCCCCGGCGCCACGACGAGCACGUGCAUUAGUUACGAGGCCAUCAACAGAGCCUUUAACGCCGCAAAAGAAACCACCCGCCUCGGUGGGCCGCAAUCCAAAAGCAAAGAUCUGAGCGAUAUUGAAAUCGACGUACUUGGCCGAACAAUCGUCGAAACGAGCCGCAUCUUGGCAAAAGAAUUCAAAUUGGCUCCCGAUGCGAUUCACAUGGGACUGCCAAUGAUCGACACCAGACACACGGCCAUCGCUCCGUACUGUCCCGUCAAAUUCGAGCGGCCACAAUGCAAGGUCCAGCGCUACCGUGAAAUCGACGGCAUGUGCAACAAUUUGGAGAACGCACAUUGGGGCGCAGUAAUGGCACCGUUCCGUCGACUCCUCCCACCAAACUACCGCGACGGUGUUAGCGCACCGCGCAUUUCAGUGACUGGCUCCGAAUUGCCUACAGCUCGACUUGUGUCGACCCUCACCCACAAGGAUUUGGGCUUUCACGAUCACGCAGUCACCGUCUACCUGCCCGCCUGGGGUCAGCUGAUCGAUCACGAUAUGGCUAUGGGUGCCGAAUCUAAAGAUCCCAGGACCAAUUCCGAACCCAAAUGUUGCAACGUAGCAGCCAACCAGCGUCACCAGGCUUGCUGGCCCAUCGACAUCCCGUCAGCUGACCCGUUUUACAAGCUUUUCCGUCGCACUUGUUUGGAUUUCGUCCGUUCCGGCGCCGGAGUUAGGGACCAAUGCAAACUGGGCACCAGGAUCUCUGUCAACACCGUGUCCGCCUAUCUCGAUGCCAGUUUCGUCUACGGCAGUGAUUUGGAAACGAUGAACAAACUACGCGUAUUCAAAGCCGGCCAAAUGAAAAGUAACGCCAUGAACCGUCACAAGGGAAUGAAAGAUUUGUUGCCACCGCAAAUGAAGAACCCCGACGCAAAUUGCAAACGACCCAGCAAGGACAUCCACUGUUUUAUGGCCGGUGACGCACGUGUCAACCAGCAAAUGAUGUUGGUGGCCCUCCAUACCGUUUUCAUGCGCGAACACAACCGCAUCGCCCUCGAACUCAGUCAAAUCAACUCUCACUGGGAGGAUGAGAAAAUUUUCCAAGAGACACGACACAUUAUUGCCGCUAUUGUGCAACAAAUCACCUACAACGAAUUCUUGCCCAUGGUGUUGGGCAAGGAAGUCAUGGAACGCUACAGUCUCCUGGGAGAAAGACAAGGCAUGUUGAACAAAUACAACCCGAAAUUGGAGGCCACCCUACCGACAUCCUUCUUCGCCGCCGCUUUCCGUUUCGGCCACUCCCUGAUCCCAUCGGCUCUUGAGCGCUGGAGCACAUCGCACAAGUUCAUCGGAUCGCGACGACUCAGCGAGAUCAUCAACAAACCAUUCGAUGUUUACAAUGGAGACGUUUGCGAUCAGUAUCUCACCGGUUUCAUGAACCAAAUCUCACAGGCCGUCGACGACUCCGUUUCUCAAGAGCUGACCAACCAUCUCUUCCGAGAUGAAACGAGCUCCUUCGGUUCCGACUUGGCUUCAUUGAACAUUCAGCGCGGUCGCGACCACGGUGUUCCGUCGUACAAUGCCUACCGCGAAUUCUGCGGACUUCGUAGAGCAAGAAGCUGGAACGACUUGGCCGGAGCCUUCACUAACGAAACGCUUCACAUGUACAUGCAAACCUACAAAACCCCCGAUGAUCUCGAUCUGUGGUCAGCUGGUGUAUCUGAAAGGCCUUUGCCUGGCAGCAUGGUCGGCCCUGUUUUCGGUUGCAUCAUGGGAGAAACGUUCAAAAACCUGCGCCUGGGUGACCGUUUCUGGUUCGAAAAUGCCGGACAGCCUAGCUCGUUUACUCAAGAGCAAGUCAACGAAAUCCGCAAAGUUAAGCUGUCACGAGUCAUUUGCGACAACAGCGAUCACAUCGACACCGUCCAAGUUUACGUCAUGGUCCUCCCCGACUCAGAAAUCAACCCUCGCGUGGCAUGCAAAUCAGGCAUUUUGCCACGCAUCAACUUGAGCAAGUGGAAAGAGUAAAAGGUUGAAAGUCUAAAAAAAUUAAAAUUCCGACCAGAUUUUUAAUAUAAUAAUAGUUUAAAAGAUAGAAUUAAAAAGAUGAAAAAAAAACAACAACAAAAUAACUCGUUAUGGACGGGUUACUUUGUUUGUGGAUGGCUACAAAAUAAUAUAAUAUAUACUUCUAUUUUCUCGGCGAAGGUCAUAAAGAAAGUAAAAGAUAAAAAAUACCUUCAUAUAUAGAAACUAAGGAUGGUAAGGAACCAAUGGUAAAAUAGGAUUAGAGUGUAAAUAUAGACAAAAGCAAACCCAUUUUGUCAAUUGUCAAGAAAAGCAUGGACUUUGAAACGUAUGUCUCCCUUAACAGGAAAAUCGACACAAAAAGAAAACGAAAAGAGGCCUUAGAAUUGUCACUCCCUUAUUUAUAAAUGCUGAUUGUCUCUACAAAUCUUUUCUUGUCACGAUGUGAAACGAAACCUGAUAACUAAUAAUUCAAAAUACACGUGACUGAUCUGUUUGAAACCCACAAAAA